AUGGCCCCGCCGGCAGUCCUGAUGGUCGGCACGGGCGAGUACACGACCGGCUUCGUCUCGGGGGCGCCGUCCACGUCAGACAAGAAAGUAGGUGUUGUGGGAUUGACGCUCUUCGACCUCCGCCGCCGGGGCAAAGUCUCGGACCUGGCCAUGGUCGGCGUCUCCGGCCACAAAUUCCCGGCCAUCCGCGCGCAUCUCCAGAAGAACAUCUCGGAAGCGUACAACGGGCUCGAUGUGUCCUUCCAGUCCUUCCCGCCCGACGACCAAUCGGACCCCAACGCCUUCAAGACCGCCAUCGACGCCCUGCCACACGGGUCGGCCGUGACCAUCUUCACCCCGGAUUCGACGCACUACGACAUCGCAAAGUACGCCAUCGAGCGCGGUCACCACGUUCUCGUGACCAAGCCCGCCACCAAGCUGCUGGCGCACCAUCUGGAUCUGCUCGUGCUGGCCGAGAAGCACAAGGUGCUGGUGUACGUCGAGCACCACAAGCGCUUCGACCCGGCGUACGCGGACGCGCGGUUCAAGGCCCGGACCCUCGGUGACUUCAACUACUUCUACAGUUACAUGUCGCAGCCCAAGUCGCAGCUCGAGACGUUCAAGGCCUGGGCCGGCCGCGAGUCCGACAUCUCGUACUACCUCAACUCGCACCACGUCGACAUCUGCGAGUGGAUGGUCCGCGACGCCGGGUGGCGACCUUCCACCGUGCGCGCCAGUGCGAGUCUCGGCAUCUCGGAAACUGUGGGCUGCGUCAAGGGCACCGAGGACACCAUCACCCUGCUGGUCGACUGGACGCGUCCCGGUGAUGACAAGCGCGCUACGGGCAUCUACACGGCCAGCUGGACCGCGCCGAUGAACGCCGGCGUCCACUCGCAGCAGCACUUCCACUACAUCGCCUCCAAGGGCGAGAUCAACGUUAACCAGGCGAAGAGGGGUUACGACGUGGUGGACGAGAACGAUCGGUCCGGCAGUUCCUUGAAGUGGUACAACCCCUUCUAUAUGCGGUAUGCGCCUGACGAGGAAGGCAACUUCAACGGCCAGAGCGGGUACGGGUACGUGAGCUUCGAGAAGUUCAUCGACGGCGUCACCGCAGUGAAUGAGGGCAGAGUCACGCUCGAUCAGCUGGACAAGAGAGGCUUGCCCACGCUGCGGAACACCGUCCUCACGACGGCCAUCUUGGAAGCGGGACGCAGGAGUCUGGACGAAGGUGGCCGGUCGGUCGAGAUCGUCGUGGGCGACCAUGACAACGUGGAGCUCAAGUGA